AUGUGGCUCAGCGGGGUGUCGAACUUGGGUAGCCCUAUCGAGCCCCAAGAAUGUCACGCCCGCACCGUUGUGAGCUUUGCUGCCAGCUUAGUCGUAGGUUCUGGGACCGAAGGACAGUUCUAUUGGCAAUUUCUAGACUGCUCUGUCGACGUUUUAUUUCAUACUGUUGUACACGGAAUGUCGUCAAUAGAUAAUUUCCAACACUCAGAAGAAGUCACUGUCGGUGAAAGUGGCGCUCAAGUCCAAAGUGCACCCGAUGCUUGUUGGGAGAGACUGCGCACAGUUAUUUUCGCUAUACGAUCAACUUGUGAGGAUUUGGAAUCUUAUAAGACUGACUUCCAAGAAGAUGGAGAGUUUCGUCACCUCAUUAAAGCUCACGAAAUUACGAAGUCCGAACCUAGCCAGUCUAUCACGCCAGCUUUGCUGGGUGCGUUAUCGUUAGGUACCCACAGCCCCCGCGACAACCUAGGGGAAACGACUGGGAACGGGUAUCGUUAA